AUGGCGUUUAGUUGGUCUCAGAGUGAUGCAGAGGUCACGCUAAAGUUUGAUUUGGACAGCUCAGUGGGCAAAGAGCAGCUCAAGGUAAAGAUUGACGCGGCUCAUGUGCUUGUUUCUGUUUCUGGCCGCAGUGUUUUCGAUCACGAGCUCUGCGGGAAGGUGAAUGUUGAUGAGUCUGACUGGCAAAUCGAAGUGGGAGCGACCAAAGCAUUGGUGGUCAACCUGUGCAAGAAGAAAGCAGUGAAGUGGAGGGCACUCACCAAGGAGGAGGAGCAGUCAAUGCCUGGGGCGGACGUCAUGGAUGACAACUUUGACGUCAUGCAGCUAGAGCACGACGACGAUGAUCCUGAACGGGUCGAGGAGCAACUAGAGAACGAGAAGAAGCUUGAAGCCAGAUAUCAGAAGCUGGUUGGAGAGCGAGGAAUUGACGAUGAGGAGACCCUCAACACUUUCUUUGCACUCUUCGACAACUGCAUUCAGCUGUAUCGAUUGAACAAGCUUUCAGACUACCUAGAGCAGGUCGUCCCCGUGUGUCGCAAGCGUGGUGACAAGUUCUACAUGAAGGGAAUCCAAGCCUUGGCAUUUGUGCGUUGGAAGCAAUCGAGAUUCCGAGAAGCAUUGCCAUUGUUCCAUGAGAUGGAAGGUGUCUUAGGCAAAAGCGCAGCUCUUUGCGAGAAUAUUGCGCAUACGUACAAUUCAUUGGGGGAGUUUGAAAAGGCUGAGGACUAUUUGCGUCAGGCCUUGAAGUUCAUCGAGCAGGAAUCUGGAAUGAACAAGGGAAACCGAGGUGGAGUCCUUCUGGGGUUGGGCAUUGUGAGGGACCGGCUCGGAAAGCACAAGGAAGCUCUCCCAGUCUGCGUCAAGGCCUACGAGUUCUACAAGGAACGUGCCAAUGGCGCACCUGCAUCUCUGCAGGCCAAGGCUGGCAUCUCCUGUGCCAAGAUCCACGCCAAGCUAGGUGAUCUCAAGAAGGCGGAGAGUUACAUUCGCGAGGCUGUUGAGAUGUACGAGAUCACCUGCGGUGAGACGUCGCCUUUGACAGCCAGCGCGUACCAUGAGCUUGGCAAGUGUUUGUGGGGUCAGAGGAGACGAGAAGAUGCUCAGAAGGCCUUGAAACGAGCGUACGAGCUCGAAGCCAUGAAGGAUGCGUGGGACCUGGUGACCCUGCUUGAGGUGCACAACCUUCUGAUGGACACGCACCUGAAGGAGACAGCCAACAUAGAUCGUGCAAAGUUUGCAGACUACUUCGCUACUGUUGAGUACGUGGUUGGGAGAGUUCGCAAGGAGCUGCCACAGGAUGGAAACGCAGCGGUGUACUACAAGGCAGCAGCUGAAUUGAAGUCCUGGGGAGGUCGCUACAAAGAAGCGAAGGAACUCUUCGAUGUGGCCAUUCCGCUGUUGAAAGCGGAGACGUCCACAGAUUGCACAUCUCUUCUAGAGACCUGCGAAGCCAUGAAGGCCUUCUGCGACCGAAACCUCGAGGGCACCCAGGACAGUCCGAUGAACUUCGCCCUACCAGCUGAGAAAGGCUCCGGUGAAUCAGAUGAUCCUGGAGCAGCAGGUGCUUCUUCAUCUGGUGAAUAUCAGGGUCCAAUCAUUGAAGAUAUUACGGACGAGGUUGAGGUGCCAGCAGAGGCCAGUGCUGCAGCUGCAGCUUCAUCUUCUGGCCCUUCCUCAUCCGCUGCCCCGAAAGGAGUAGCCGCAGAGUUGCGAUGUCUAACUUCUUCGGAUGCAGCAGAGGCUUCCAAGCUGUGCUCAUCCUUGUCACAAGAUCCGCUGUUCAGCUCCGCCAACCUGAAGGCACACUUGGAGGCAGCUGGAGCCGGCCUUUGCUGGGCGGUCGCAGGUGAGCGAAUUUCGGGUGUGGCCUUAUGUGGCUCAGAUGGCGUUUUUGGAAACCUUCUGCAGCUGGCCGUGGAGCCGUGCGCAACGGAGACGGUGAGAGACACCAAGAAGCGCCUGAUAGAUCGUUGCCAACAGGCCUGCCACGAGAGGGGCCUCAGGGGGCUGCGCGCUACCUUGACGGAGGAGGACGACACGUUCAAGGAUCUAGGGUGGAAGGCCCAACAGACAUGGUUCAGCGAUGAUCGGCCCGACAAGAAGAGCCGAACAGGAAUGAACGGAUCCGCGGUGUCGUCCACAUCUCCCGCUCCAAGUGAUCCCAAGCUUCGACGUGAUGGCAAGGAUGUCAAGACGUACUACCAAGCAUGGGACAAGGUGAAUGUUGACAGGGCCCUGGUUGCUGAAGAAGGGCUGGAUCCUGCUAUCGUGCCGGAGGAUCAACGGCCGCUGGCUGACUUCGGGGACCUCGACAGACACCUGGAUGGCUCGAGAAAGAUCUCCCGCUUUUCCUGGGACCAGAGCAACACCGGCGUGAGCAUUUAUUUGCCAUUCGAUGGAGUGGGAUUGCUGCCAGAGCAGGCCAUACAGGUCGAGUUCAGGAAUAUCGGCUUUCUCCUCACCAUCGAGAAGGAGGGCAAAAGCCACUGGUACAAGAUACCCAACCUUUGUCAUCCAAUUGAUGUUGCUGCAUCACGGAAGACGGUCAAAGCAGAUCAGGUUGUGGUGAAGCUUCGAAAGCAACGUGCUGGUAGCUGGUCGGACUUGACUGACGACAAAGACAGGUACCAGAGGAAGCGAGAGUAUCGUAUACAACACGGAGACCUCAAAGGUGCCACGACCGAGGAACUGUUGGCGGAUAUGUACAAAAAUGCGACAGAUGAGGAUCGUGCUGGACUGCGUGAUGCCAUGCGUGUGAACAGGGAGAAGCGGGAGGAGGAUGCUCGCAAGGCGGCAGAAACAUGA